UCCAGUGAAACGGCGUUUGUUUCUGAAAUCAACUGACGGAGAUCUCUGAAAGGACUCAAGGGAAAGGAGAAGAAAAUAAAAAACAUGUUACCUUCCUCUUCUUCAGUAACCUUUCCUUCUUUUACACGGACCUUCUCAUCUCACUCUAAAAAACAUAAGCUUUUUAGCUCCUCUUCUAAAAAACCAUCAAGUUCCUUCAUCUGUCUGAGGAUUGGAGUGGAAGAAAUUGCAGAAAUUGCCCACAACAAGGUAUUGGUUGCAGCUGCUGUUGCUUCUGCAAUUGGGCAGUUCUCGAAGCCUUUCACUUCUUCUAUUCUCUACAGAAGGGCAGUUAACUUCAAGGCGGUUAUUCAAGCCGGCGGAAUGCCUUCCACCCAUUCUGCCGGAGUUGUGGCAGUUGCAACCUCACUUGGCCUAGAAAGGGGUUUCUCAGAUUCAAUUUUUGGCAUGUCCGUUGUUUUUGCAGCCUUUGUAAUGUACGAUGCUCAGGGGGUGAGAAGGGAAGCGGGCUACCAUGCAAAGAUACUCAACAGAAUGAUAGAAAAGAAGCAAGAAAAGGCAAUUCCCAUACAGGAAAAAGAUGAACUGAUUGAUUCCAAACAAGGAACAUCCUCCAUAGCUGCAGAUAGUCUUUCUACCCUCUUCUCUCUGUCUGAGGAGUCAAGAACACCAAAUGCAACAGCCCCAAUUCGUACAUCAGAAAAUGCAGCGAGUAGACCCACUACCAUGAAGUCGCUGUCUAGUGUAGCAGUCAACGGGGAACAAGCAGUGGAGAAUGCUUAUAGCAGUUACCUUCCAUUGAAAGAAUCAGUAGGGCACACUGAAAUUGAGGUUGUAGUUGGAGCUUUUCUGGGUUUUCUCGUAAGUUUAGCGGUUUACUCAAUAGCUUAAUUUUGUACUAAGUUAAAGGGUGCGUUUGGUUGCACAAAACAUCGUGAUAUUUCAUGAUAACAUGAUAUCUGGUGCAACCAGACCCACUCUAAUGUAAUUUCAGAUGUAGUAAAUAUCCACUACAAACUCCGGAUU